CACAAACCGCUUACAGUGGGCUGCUUAAAUUGGCAAAGACUCUUAAAGGUGAGUGCCUAGCUCGGCUUGAGGGAGCCUUUUCCUUUUUCUCACUGACUUCGGUUAAAGUAAGAGACACAGAGAGCGAUUUCAAUGGUUGAAGCACCAGGCUUAUACCUAAAUUCCACAGCCAUAGUUUCCUCUUCUCGGGCUCUUCCUCCACCAACUUCGUUCCUAUCCCCUCUUACUACGAGUUUUCUUUUCCCUUAACGAAUUUAAAACAUUUGUACUUCUGUUUCGGAGAUAUUUCUCAUCUGGGUUUCUUUUUUUUUUUUUCUUACUACUUUUUCGUCUGUUGAAAGUAUCGAGGCUGUAUAGUGCUCGUAUAUUUCCGUUCCACACACACACACACAUAUAUAGUUGUUGAGUUAAUUUUAUGAUUCUUGAUUGAAUCAACAUCUGCAAGUCUUUCAAGUUGUUUUUCUUUGAAUCUUAUCUCAAAAGAAAGCCGUAUAUUAUAUGCAUAUUUUUGUUUUCAAGACAAAUAUUAAAGCUUAUUCUUAAUUAAUAGCUAUAAUAAAUAUACGUGCUUUUCUUAACAUGAGUUCAUAAAUCAAAUUCAUGAUUUGUGCUGUAUAGAAAGCUCGCAGGAUAUGAAUAGCAAGCUGUUGUUUAAGUUUUUAAAAGUUAGGCUUGGGAGAAAGAAGAUACAUGUACACCUAGCAUUAGCUGUCUGAGAAAGAAGCAUGAGUACUAGGUGUAGCAUGGCUUCCAUCAGCAGCUCUGAUCUCAUCGAUGCGAAGCUUGAAGAGCAUCAGCUGUGUGGAUCUAAGCAGUGUCCCGGUUGUGGACACAAGCUCGAAGGAAAGCCGGACUGGUUAGGUCUACCAGCAGGAGUGAAAUUUGAUCCAACAGACCAAGAGCUGAUAGAGCACCUUGAAGCAAAGGUAGAAGCCAAAGACAUGAGGUCUCACCCUUUGAUAGAUGAGUUCAUCCCUACAAUAGAAGGGGAAGAUGGGAUUUGUUAUACCCAUCCUGAGAAACUACCAGGAGUCACGAGAGAUGGGCUCAGCAGGCAUUUCUUCCACAGGCCUUCAAAAGCUUACACCACUGGAACAAGAAAAAGAAGAAAAAUUCAAACCGAAUGUGACUUGCAAGGUGGGGAAACAAGGUGGCACAAAACAGGCAAGACAAGGCCAGUCAUGGUGAAUGGCAAACAAAAAGGAUGCAAGAAAAUCCUAGUCCUCUACACCAAUUUUGGCAAAAAUCGAAGACCCGAAAAGACUAAUUGGGUCAUGCAUCAGUACCACCUUGGUCAGCAUGAAGAAGAGAAAGAAGGAGAGCUCGUGGUUUCUAAGAUUUUCUAUCAGACACAGCCAAGGCAAUGCAAUUACACUGAUAGAGCUGCAAGCGUAGGUGAAGGAAGCAGUGAGCCUAACAGCAGAAGAGACGGUGGUAGUGUGAGUUGUUCUUCCAAGGAAAUAUCUCUUCAUGGAGAUGAAAUCUCAGGAACUGGGACAGUUGCCUCGUCACUAACAAGUUACACCGCCAUGGAUAUUCAACAAAUGAAAUCUGAUCAUUUUUGCUUUACUCCAUUCAGGAAGGGCUUCGAUGAGGUGGGGAUAGGAGAGGCUUCAGUAGCAAGGGAAGCGUCAGCAUCAGGCAUAUGCGAUGAAAUUCGAGAGCACCAUCAGAGGCCACAUCAUGUGGCCCAUGAUCCCCAUCAACAACAGACGCAGCAGCAGCAACACCACUACCACCACCACCAAACGGCGCAUCACCAGUUUGCAAAUACUGCGUUUCACUUCAGCACGCCUUCCCAUCCCUUCUCACCCAUCAUCUCUCCACCUCCCCUCAAUCACUCCAUAAUGCUUGAUGAGGACCCCUAUCAUGUGUCCAGAAUAAUACUUCAAAACGAAAUCCAGCAACAACAGCAGCAGCAGCAUCAUAAACUGGGAGGAAGGUCUGCAUCCGGUUUGGAGGAACUCAUAAUGGGUUGCACUUCAAAUGAUGUAAAAGAAGAUUCUUCCAUUGCAAACCCACAAGAGGCAGAGUGGUUGAAGUACUCUUCCUUCUGGCAAGACCCUGGCAACCAGGAUCAUCAUGGGUAGAACCGAAGGAGAAACAAAACCCAUACAGACACUAUCAUUAUCGUCAUCAUCAGUACUUGAAGCUUCCCUGAUAUUCCUUUCUAUAGGAGAACCAAGAGAUCAUCUUAUGAGGUUGCUCUUUUACUUUAUUUUCUCUUGGGCUGGGGCCUGCCUUAUUAUAUUGAACCACCUAUUCAACAGUCCAUGUUGGCGAGAGAGAAAAGAAAAACAAAAGGGCACAAAAACGAAAAAAAAAUAAUAAUAAAAAAAAGAAACC